CCUCGGCAGCCCCGCCAAAACGACGAUCCCGUAUGAAAGAUUUGCACAAGUCAUAUGGACUGACUGUUGAUGAUAGCAUCACCUCACCUCUGCUUGGUUCUUAAUUGUCAAUCCGCCAAAUCAAGGCUAAUUAGCCCAUAAUGCCUAAGCCAAAGACGUUUCUCAAGGACAACAACAAGUCCAAGAAAAAGGCCGCCCAGCAGCAAGUCCCCCAAACUGCAGAUGAGUUUCUAGCAGUUGGCGUCGAGCAUGAAGAAGCCGGCGAAAAAUGGCGUGCCGGUGACGCUGCCAAAUCCAUGCGCUUUUUCAUGCGCGCCAUCAACACCUACGAUGAAGGACUAAAGAAACACCCCGCAGCUUUUGAUUUGGCUUAUAACAAAGCUCGGGUUCAAUAUGAAAUCACCCAACAUCCUAAACUAGCUGCACAGCUGCCUGCGCCGCUGCCGGACAUCCUGCAAAUCGCUUUGCAAUCUCACAGGGAUGCCUUGGUUUUGGAGCAAGAAAAUGCGGACGUCCUCUUCAACACGGCUCAAGUUCUCACCAGCUUGGCCGAAAUAAUCAACGACACUAAACGCCCAGCCGACGACCAGCUCGACCAGGCUGUCAAGUAUCUACAGGAAGCCAUAGAGCUCUUCCAGCGUUGUCUCCUUCUGCAAGAGUUUCGGUAUACCGAGAUGCAAGAGCAGAUCAAACAGAUGGAAUCCGGAGACGUCGGGAACCAGCAGGAAAUGCAGCAAGUCGAAGAAAAGCCCGGAGAAACCAGCGAGUCCACGCCUUCAGACCCACAGGAGCAAUGGGCCGCUGUCGUCGAACCGGUGACCAAGGAAACUUUGGUGGAUACUGCCGUAGCACAGCUCGAAACCUUGACCACUCUGUGCAAUCUGCUCACCUACGACCCUGGAGUCGGCGUUACCUGGGUAGAAGAGUAUUCAUUCGAACUCGUCCAGAAAAGGCUUCCUGCGUAUGUUGAGGGUUCUGACAGACAAUAUGAAGCGUCCUUGGCCCGCGCCAAAUUCGUAUGCGCCUUGAGCGAGGUGGUAUAUCGGAGUGGACGAAUCGACGUUGAAACCUAUCAUAGAGAAAUCAUGCAAGCCUAUGGGACGGACCUAAACAUUUCCGCUGAUCCAGACGGUCUUUGCAGUAAAGCAGAUGCGCUCAUAUCGUUGAACUCGGCACUCGCAGACUUUCCCCCAUCAAAUGACCCUCAAGCGUUUAGCAAAGCACUGGUGUUGCGAUGGCAAUCCCUGUCUGUGGCUUUGGAGGCCUUGACAGCAGCCUCCAAGCUCCCGGAUGCUGAAAACCUUCCCAAGAUCCACAUCGCAAGAGGCGACACGGAGAUGAACAGGUGGAGACUAGGUACAGCUCCAUGGGAGUAUGCCAUGGCACAAAAAAACGGCGCAUUACUUCUUCGAAACGCCCAGACAUACUAUCGAGGCGCUGCAGCUCUGGCAAAACGAGAUGGGGCCGCUGAAGAAGCAAGAGAUGGAACUUGCAAGGAAGCCUUCGCAGCAGCUUUUGACGGUCAGAAGACCAAGUUGGAACAGCUCAAAGUCGGCGCACCAAAGGAAUUGUUGGCCGUUGCAGAGGAGAUGGUGGAUGACGGAUUGGCAAGUCCCAUUGAUUUGGAGACCUUGCUAUCCUGAUGGCGUAUCCAUAUCACCAAAUAGAAAAUUUUAGUCGAAUUAAAAAACACAAGUACCCAACCAGCCUGAUUAAAUAUCUGGCCUGGCUUUGACUUCCUCAUCCAUUUGCAUAGUUUCCUGGCGAAGACCAUUUUCUUUGCUGAAUUGUGUUGCAGCGGCCGCGGCACCAUCGAGAUCUGCCACAACAGACUCGAGGUUUGAUAGUAGAUU